GUCACACAGCGAAAAGCGCUGUUAUAAUAUUAUUACUUGCUUAUUGUAGUAUACUGCUUGAAUGGCGCCUUCAGAAGGCGCACAAUCAUUAUUGCAACAGAUUCUGAAACGUUCGGAGUCUACACCUCGCAUACUUUGGUGGCAAGCUAAGGAAAUACUCUAUAAGCUACAACGCCGUCAGCGUAACGAUGACAAGAAGCAUCCUUGCGUUUCAACAUGGUACAAACUUGUACGUUGCAUGAGGCGUUUUCCUCAUAAUUAUGUUUCAAAAUGCGCUGGAGAAGCUUCUAGGCACUACCAGUGUACAGUUAAGAACGAUGGGUGGACCAUUGAUGACGGUGUCAACUAUACUCGUAUAAUGGAAUCAUUUGAUAUAUUCAACACGCGGAAGCCAGAUAUAUAUACUGGUGAUGAGAUACGUCGUGUUGGAAUGGCAUCGAGCAACUCAUUCCUUCCUGAAAAGGAAAUGAAGCGUUGAUAUAACUAAAUGGUUAUUAUAUAAGAGGU